AUGGCUAGUAGGAUGUAUGCCAAAUUUGAGAAAUAUUGGGAUGAGUUUAGCACGAUUAUGGCUGUUGCUGGUGUUUUGGAUCCUCGAUAUAAGUUUCAAAUUGUUGAAUGGGGUUAUGAGAAAGCUUAUGGGGAGACGUACAAAUCUGAAUUGGCAAUAAUAAAGCAGAAACUGAUUUUAUUAUUCAAUGAGUAUUUGGAUGAGUCAAAGUUGAAGAACUCUAAAGAUGGUCAGCCUACAUGUGGUUCGUUGAACUCCCAAGAAGGACCUCAAGAUGUACUAGAAUAUGUGUGA